GUAGCCUAGUGGUUAAAACGUUCGCUCGUCAUGCCGAAGACACAGGCUCGAUUCCCAACAUGUGUACAAUGUGUGCUGCCCAUUUAUGGUGCCCCUGGCCGCAAUAUUGCAGGAAUAUUGCUAAAAGCGGCUUAAAACUAAACUCACUCAUUCAUUAAAACUCAUAAGUUGGCUUUGUUGUUGUUGUUUGGCAGGCGAAGUCACAUAUGCCGAACCAGUGUCCGGCAGUAUGAAGUGUCUUUUCAUGAUACCGGGUAAAGUGUUGGAGAAAUCCUGUCGAUCCCUUUGUUCAGGGCUGGCCAACUGCAUCGCCUACAGCCACAGUAGCAAGCCACAAGCGUGUGCCAUUCAUUUCUUUCUCUGUAGGAGAACUGAUGAUGUUGGGUUUACACUGAAACUGGUGGAGUUCAACAAGAAGCUACACCGUGGUUCAAGUAAGCACGUAGGACUUACACAUGGUCCAGGUAGGUUUACCUGCUUCACCAAGAUGAAACGAUCGUCACCUUUGGUAGAAUCGCCAAGAGCGCCUCAUGUUGUAUCUAAAAGGGCGUGUGCAGUCGCCUGCAGCCAACAAAAGGAUGCCUUGGAUUUACAUACAACAAGAUCUAUCAGAACUGUGCGACGUCAAUGAAAGCACAGGAGACCUACAUCAUCAGGCCUUGCUAAUUGUAAACAUCAGUAUGUCCAUUACUCAUUAACGAUUGUGGAACCUAACUGGAUUAGAAACGUUUAUAGCUAAGAAUUAAUUUUGUUUCAAGUUUAGUUUGGUUUGACUGGGCAAAGUGUGUGCAAAA